UAAUUGGCUUGAUGAUCAAUUAGAAUUUUUUUUUUAUUAUGGACAACUUCAUAUAAAAUAUAUAAAAUAUAUUAAAAAUAUGAAUUCCAAGAAGAUAGGAGUAUUAGGAGGCGGACAAUUAGGUCGUAUGUUAGUAGAAGCAGCAUCUCGUCUGAAUAUAUCUGUAACAAUUCUUGAUAGUCCAGUCAACUCUCCAGCAAAACAGAUUCAAGCAACGUCAACUCAUGUUCAUGGUGAUUUCAAAGAUCCUUUAAAAAUUCAAGAACUUGCGCAGAAUGUUGAUGUACUGACAAUAGAAAUCGAACAUGUUGAUGUCGAAAUCUUAGAAAAAUUAUUUUCCAAAAAAAGCGUUGAAAUACAUCCACACCCUUAUACAAUUCGUAUUAUUCAAGAUAAAUUUUUACAAAAAACUCAUCUAUCACAAAAUGAAAUACCUGUUGUAGAUUUCAUUGAUAUUCCUGAUAAGGAAUCAUUAAAUAUUGCGAUAGAAAAAUUUAGUUACCCUAUAAUGUUAAAAUCUAAACUUUUGGCUUAUGAUGGUCGAGGGAACUAUGUAAUAAAUUCUGAAGAUGAAAUUACAGACGCAUUGAAGACUUUAGGGAAUUUUAAAAUUCCAUUGUAUGUCGAAAGAUGGACACCGUUUGUUAAAGAGCUGGCUGUCAUGGUAAUUAGAAGUGUUGAUGGUGUAAUCAAAAGUUAUCCUGUAGUAGAAACAGUUCAUAAAGAAAAUAUAUGUCAUUUAGUUAUUGUUCCGGCUCAAGUUGAUGGCGUUAUCUUAAGAUGCGCUAAAGAAAUUGCCGAAAAAGCUAUCCAAACUUUAAAGGGUGCUGGAAUAUUCGGGGUAGAAAUGUUUUUGAUGAAAAAUGGUCAAAUAUAUAUUAAUGAAAUUGCACCGCGGCCGCAUAAUUCUGGACAUUAUACUAUUGAAGCGUGUGAAACUUCACAAUAUGAAAAUCACAUUCGCAGUAUAUUAAAUAUGCCAAUAGGAAGCACAUCUCUUAAAGUUCCAGCAGCGGCAAUGAUUAAUGUUCUUGGGAAAUCAGAAGAUAUACAUGAAACUUUAGGUCCAUGUGUAGAAGCUUUGACAACACCAGGAGCAACUAUUCAUUUAUAUGGAAAGAAAGAAUGUAGAAAAGGGAGAAAAAUGGGGCAUAUAACAGUAGUUGCAGAUUCUAUUUCACAACUAUAUAAAAGAAUUAACCCAAUUCUUAAUAUUGAUGAUGAAAAUGAUACUUCAACAACAUCGUCAAAAAAUAUUCAGCCAUUAGUUGGAAUUAUUAUGGGGAGCGAUUCAGAUUUGCCUACAAUGAAGGCAUGUGCAGAAGUAUUGAAAUCAUUUGAUGUGCCAUUUGAAUUAUCCAUAGUGUCGGCUCAUAGAACCCCAAUGAGAAUGGUAGAAUAUGCGAAAACUGCGCAUGUUAGAGGAUUAAAAGCUAUAAUUGCAGGUGCUGGCGGUGCUGCCCAUUUACCUGGUAUGGUUGCUGCUUUAACUCCUUUGCUUGUUAUAGGUGUACCUGUUAAAGGUAAAAGUUUGGAUGGCGUGGACUCUCUUUAUAGCAUUGUUCAAAUGCCCCGUGGAGUUCCUGUAGCAACAGUGGCAAUUAACAACUCAACAAAUGCAGGAUUAUUAGCAGUUCGUCAUUUAGGAGCUUUUAUGCCUAGUUAUUUACAAAAGAUGCAAGAAUUUACGGAAAGACAAGAAAGUGAAGUUUUAGCCAAAGUUGAUAAAUUAGAUCAAGUUGGUUGGGAAAAUUAUUAAUUAAGAAAUACCUUGGAAUAAAACAAGUCAUAAUGAUUUUAUUUUAAAAUUUUUCAUAUAAAUUUGAGAUUAUCUAGAUUAUCUAAAAUAAAUAAGAUUAAUCAAAGAUUAUAAUAAAUACGUACUUUAGGUAAGAAUAUUGAGGUUGGUGUGUUAAGGUGUAAGUUAUAUAGGAAAAUUUGCACAUUUUAAAAUUUAACUAUGUACCAAAUUUAGUAAUUAAAUUUUAAUAUGUACCAAAUUUAGUAAUUUAACCCUUCUUACAGGACAAAAAUGAUGACAAUAAAUGAUCCUUUUUAUGUGGGAUGUUCAA